AGACCAUACUCUUACGAGAAAUGGUGAAAUUUUCGUAUUUUUUUUAUUCAACAUAACACAAAUUGUGUGUAAAACAUACCAGACAAGAGAGCUGGCAUUGAAUUUAGCUCGUUCGAUUUUUCGAUACGAGAGAAAUUCAUCAAAUAUUUUCAUAGAUUAUCAAUGAAUUAAAAGAGUAAGACGUGCAUGUAGCAAUUAUUUCUUUGACUACUAAGAGCGUAACACAGAAAUAUCAACUACAAAAAUAAUAGGCUCUAAGAAAUUUGUUAUAGAAUAUUUGAAUCUAUGUACGCUCAAAAUGAAGCUUUUGAGAAACCAAUAUGGUGUUUAAUAAAUACCCAAAAAUGACAUUUUCCAAACUAUUUUAUCAAGAAAAAGAAAGAAAAAAAUUGCCCUAGUGCAUUGAAAUGCAUUUUCUGUUCUGAGGAUUCCAAGAAGCAGCAGCACAAGAAGAGGUGCAAAUAUUUACCUCAAUCAAAGCAAGAACAGGGGACUUGGUGGCUGUUGUUGAGACCUAGAAGAAGAUACCAAAGCUCAGCAGAUGAACCCUUUGAGAUUUUAGAAGAAUAAACAGGUGAAGGUAAACCCUAAACGAUUGAGAGCUCAAAGAAUUUUUUUCCAGAAAUAAAAUAAUUAUUUUAGAAAAAAACUUUUUUUUUUUUAUCCAGAGGCAGAAAAUAUACAUUCUUUUAAUUGAAUCCCUCAAAAAUAGGUGCCCAAGGCCAAGAUCUAGGGGCUGACGAUCUGCUGCUACCAAAUGCCAGGGAAUCCCUAAAAUUGAAUACACAGAUAUUUUGUCAUUUCCAUCAAAGUCACUACUACUAAAAUUAGAGUCAUACAUGUUUACAGAGAAGAAAACCAGACGGUUGAUUAACGUUUUGCACCGUGUUUGUGGGGGAAAAACAUUAAGCUUUUUUUUUUCUCUCAAAUAAGGAGAGGGGGAGUUACAUGGAAGUAUGGUGGAGAGAGAUAAGAGGAAGAACGGGAGUUCACACGACAUUCAAAAUCGACACCCAUAGUUAUAUUAUCAUGGAGGAUCUGGUUAACUUCCAGAGGUGGUAAGUUCAAAAAUACUGUAAUUAGAGAUGAGAUUGUACUCUGACAGCAAAUUUUGCUGGUAUAUUAAUAUUGGGUUAUAGGUAUAAUAUGCCCCUAUACUAUGACGUUUUAUCAAACAUGCCAUUUAUUAUUUUGGGUUAAUACCCUAGUUUGGCCCGAAGUUUGGCGUAUAUGUCAGUUUUGGCCCAAUUUUUCAAAUAAGACAGUUGUGACCUACUUUCCAAAGUAUUGGACAAAUUUGGCAUGGGUUUUAAAUUGACCGUCAAAAUUGACGGUCAAUGAUUUUUCCGUUAGUGACUCAGUAUUUGGUGCUGACUAGGAUCUUAAACGUCAUCAUUUAUUAAAUUAAAAAAAUAAAAACUAAUUAAAUAUAUAAAUAUUUUUUCCCCAUGACUUUUUCCACUCUCCUCUUGGACAAACCUCCAAUCGCCAAAACCCACUCCCUCGCCGUGAUAGAUGGUGCCCUCGACGUCAUUGAGAAAGGAAGUAAUUCACCCCUGUCAAACAGAGGGGAAAUCAACAAAAUCGCUCCUCCAAUUUCAAUCCCGACCAGCGCCAGAGGUGGAUGAGUUUUGUAACGAACCAUCGAAAGAAGACGACGCGAGCAGAAGGAGGGAGGUGUUUGGGUCUCGACGGUAACGAUUAUCGUCGUCGCGGUCCCUUCUCCUCGAUCGAUGGCCUACCGGCGCCUUCACCACCAACCUCCUCUCUCUCUCUAAUCGACAAUCGAGCCCACAAAAAGCUCGACAUCGCCGCCAUCAACCCAGAUCUGGUGCGGAGGAAGCAGAUAUCGGGGAAUGAGAGAGGAUCGUUGGAGAGAGAGUUGAAGGGCGGUGGGUUUAUAGCAGCGACGGUGUGAGGGAGAAGACGAACAGCCACCAGUUCGUUCGGCUGAGGGAGAAGACGAACAAAACCUGAAUCGGGUCCGAAUCCAUCGAUCUUAACGACGACGGAGUGGAAUCUGAGGGGACGGCGACCGCGGUGGAGGAACAAGGAAAAAGAAGAAAAGAGCCCUGCCCGCGGUCGAGGACGAAGAAGAGGAAAAGGAACCAGUCACAGUCAAAAGCCCUGCCCUGCGCCCCCGCAAAUCUUCUUCCACAGCCGCUCGUUCCACCCCGACGACGUCUUACCCUUGAACGCGCCGGCGUGGAAGUACACCAACACCGGCAGCUUCCUCUUCUCUUUGUCUCGUCUGGGGAUGUAGAGGCGGGUCUCGGCGGAAGAAGGGGUUGAAUCAGUGGGAAUGAGGCGGAGGGAGGAAGAGAUAAGGGUAGGACCGUAGGAGGUUGGGGGGUUUUGGGGUUUUUGUUUUCUUAUUUAUUGAAUUAGAAAAUUAAGAAAUAUUUUAUUUAAUGACAUGGCACCAUGUAUAAGCCACGUCAGUAGUUCUUUGAUGAGUCAAUAAUGGAAUAAGUGUUUGACCGUUAAUAUUAACGGUCAACACAAGUUUCGGGCCAAAUUUGUCCAAUAAUUUCAAAAGUAGGACAUAAAUGUCUUAUUUGAAAAAUGGGGCCAAAACUGUCACUCACGCUAAACUUCAGGCCAAACUAGGGUAUUAACCCUAUUAUUUUUUACAUCAAAUAUGCCCCUGUACUUUGAAAAAAUUAGAGAACAUGCCCUUCUGUUAAAAUUUCCAAUGAAAAAUCAUCAAUUAUGGUUGAACCGAGAUUUAGACGACCCGAUAUCGACAAAUGGGAGCGAUGAUGUUAGUUUUGUCUUUCGUUUUAUUUCUCUGGGUCUCUUCAAAGUGAAACUAUUUGAAUUAUUUGGCUAUACAAAAGAACAAAAAAAAUUCUAAAGUGAAAUUAUUAUGGAUAUUUUAGACAUUUGUGCCGCCCAGACCAAAAUUCGAUCUUGGUUAAUGGUUUUUGGAUGAAAAUUUAAUCAAAAGGGUAUGUUUGAUCAUUUUUACAAAGUACAGGGACAUGUUUGAUGUAAAAAAUAGUAAAAGGACAUGUUUGAUAAAACGUCAUAGUUGAGGGGCAUAUUAAUAUUCCUUCUCAAUUUUUAUAACUGAUACUAUCCACCCAAUCUUGAGCUAACCAAUGUCAAAUUGCUGCAAGGAGAGUCGAAUAAGAAUGCUCUAGGUCAUUCCUUUUGUUGAUAAGUUGGAUUGCAAGCUCGGAAUCAGACUCUUAUCAUCAAAUGAUAGAAAGCCAUGGGACUGUAUAAGCUCGAGUCCAUCACGAAUUGCUCAUAACUUUGCCAUGGUGGUCAUGCAAUAACCAAUAUUGGAGCAAAAUCCAUGUCUUCAACUACCUUCCUUCGUCAUCUCUGAGGAGUCCGUUUGCUGAGAGAAAUAUGCAAAUGGCUAUUGUGCGUUAGAGGCUGUAUGUACAUGUCAUCCAACAAAAUCACCUCUGUAAAACUGAUCUACCUCACCUCUAAUGGUGACCAAUGAUACAACCAAUAAGAAAGCAUGGCUCUGCCAUGAGUUGAGGAAUUUGAAAGGACAACCAAGAUAUAAAGAUAUGAACCUUUGAUGUGUCUCAAAGGAAAAUCAAGAUCGAAGAUCAUGAAAGUAUGAGGUAAUUGAGUUGGAUAUAUUUUUGUUCUUUAUGCAUGUACAAAUCUAAUUCUUAUUUGUUGUAAAAAAAAACUCUAAUUCUUAUUUGAAACGACUAAGCCUAUGAUGUUGAAGUAUGUCAUUUGUCUAUCUGAUUCACAAUGGUCUGGGCUGAGAACACAAACAAAAAGUAAUUUAUUUCAAUAACUCAGUUUAUAAUUU